UUUUUCCUUCUUCUGCUUCUCUUAUUCUUUUUAGAUUCUCAUUUCGUGAGUUACAGUCUGACACUGUGAGUGGCUCUGGUGCUCAGAGCCAUGUCGACGGUGAGCAUUGAGCCUCUUCUCCACCACUGCCGCCGUGGAAACUCCCGCCACCGGUCAGCUUCAUCCUCGAAGCUGAUCAAGCUCAGCUACUUGAGCGCGUUUCCGAAAAAGGUGGAGGAGCUUCGUGGCCGGAGCUUCUGCAACUUCCGGCGUCCGACUCCUCUCACUCUCAGAGCUUCCUCUGCUGACGCCGCCGUAGCUGCGACGUUUGAGUCCACAAAACCUUUCUUCAAGCAGACAUUUCCUCUGGAGAGAACUGAGCUGGUGGAGGGAAAGAUCUAUGUGAGGUUGGAUCACGGGAAGAAUGAUCGGAAUUGGACGCUUACAGUUGGUUGCACUCUUCCCGGGAAGUGGGUUCUUCACUGGGGAGUUUCACAUGUUGAUGAUGACGUCGUCAGUGAAUGGGAACAACCUCCUGAGGAGAUGAGGCCACCUGGUUCGAUUCCAAUCAAGGACUAUGCAAUAGACACACCCUUGACGAAAUUAUCAUCAGCUGUUGGAGGUGAUAAUUCUCAGGAAGUGAAGAUUGAUUUUAAUCUCGAUGGUGCAAUUGCAGCCAUAAAUUUCAUUCUAAAGGAUGAAGAAACUGGUGCUUGUUAUCAGCACAGAGGAAGAGAUUUCAAAGUGCCUCUUGUGGGCUACCUGCAAGAAGAAAAAGGCAAUGUUGUUGGAGCAAAAAAGGGAUUGGGGAUGUUGCCAGGAGUUUUGGGGAAGUUAACCAACAUAUUUUUCAAAGCAGAAAUAUCAAACUCCCAAGAAAAAGAUAGCGGUGGUGAAUCCAGAGGAACUAAAGAGCAAACUAGGUCUCUAGAAGGCUUCUAUGAAGAACUCCCUAUCGCAAAAGAAAUUGCUGUAGUGAACUCAGUAACUGUUUCUGUUAGGAAGUGCCCUGAGACAGCAAAGAAUCUUCUAUAUUUGGAAACGGAUUUACUUAAUCAUGUUGUUGUUCAUUGGGGAGUUUGCAAAGAUGAUUCUAAAAGAUGGGAAGUUCCAGCUGCCCCACAUCCACCAGAAACAGUAGUAUUCAAGGAUAAGGCUCUGCGAACUCGGUUGCAGCAAAAAGAGGGAGGAAAUGGAUGUUGGGGACUGUUUACUUUAGAAGAAGGACCCGCAGGAUUUCUUUUUGUUUUCAAGCUAAAUGAAAGCACAUGGUUGAAAUGUAAGGGCAAUGACUUCUACAUCCCCCUAUCAAGUGCAAAUAAGUUACCUGCUGUAGCGAAAGAUGAUCACUCUGAAGGUGAUAAGGUAGAUGAGAGAAGUGAAGAAGAAAUAGAAGAAAGUUCUUUUACUGAAUUUACCAAUGGAAUAAUAAAUGAAAUAAGGACCCUGGUGAGUGGCAUUUCCUCUGAGAAGAGCCGAAAGACGACAUCCAAAGAAGCACAAGAAAGCAUUCUCCAAGAAAUAGAAAAAUUGGCUGCGGAAGCCUACAGUAUCUUCAGAAGCAAUGUUCCCACGUUUACUGAGGAAACCACUUUAGAAUCUGAAGAAUUGACACCCUCUGUCAAAAUAUCCUCAGGGACUGGCACCGGUUUUGAAGUACUGUGCCAAGGUUUUAAUUGGGAAUCUCAUAAAUCUGGAAGAUGGUACAUGGAGCUCAAAAGUAAAGCUGCUGAAUUGUCAUCACUAGGUUUCACUGUGAUUUGGUUACCACCUCCUACAGAUUCUGUGUCGCCUGAAGGGUACAUGCCAACAGAUUUGUAUAAUCUGAACUCCAGAUAUGGCACUAUGGAUGAACUGAAGGAGACUGUGAGGGAAUUCCAUAAAGUUGGUAUCAAAGUACUUGGAGAUGCUGUUCUAAAUCACCGCUGUGCACAGUAUCAGAAUAAAAAUGGUGUAUGGAAUAUAUUUGGUGGUCGUUUAAAUUGGGAUGAUCGUGCAGUUGUUGCAGAUGAUCCACAUUUUCAGGGUAGGGGCAACAAAAGUAGUGGAGAUAGUUUUCAUGCUGCUCCAAACAUUGAUCAUUCGCAAGAUUUUGUGAGGAAGGAUAUCAAAGAAUGGUUAUGCUGGCUAAGGCAUGAAAUUGGGUAUGAUGGAUGGAGGCUAGAUUUUGUUAGAGGAUUUUGGGGUGGUUAUGUUAAGGACUACAUGGAUGCUAGUGAACCCUACUUUGCUGUGGGUGAGUAUUGGGAUUCCCUAAGUUACACAUAUGGUGAGAUGGAUCACAAUCAAGAUGCACAUAGGCAGAGAAUUAUUGAUUGGAUUAAUGCUACUAGUGGAGCUGCUGGUGCUUUUGAUGUAACAACAAAAGGGAUCCUUCAUGCUGCUCUGGAAAGAUGCGAGUAUUGGCGAUUAUCGGAUCAGAAGGGAAAACCUCCUGGGGUUGUUGGAUGGUGGCCAUCUCGUGCUGUUACCUUCAUAGAGAAUCACGAUACUGGUUCUACUCAGGGUCACUGGAGGUUUCCACGUGACAAGGAAAUUCAAGGAUACGCUUACACUCUGACUCAUCCAGGAACACCAGCAGUCUUCUAUGACCACAUCUUCUCUCACUACCGAUCGGAAAUUGCAGGUCUAAUCUCUCUAAGAAACCGGAACAAAAUCAACUGUCGCAGCAUUGUUAAAAUUACCAAGGCCGAAAGAGAUGUGUAUGCGGCUAUCAUUGAUAAAAAAGUUGCAAUGAAGAUCGGACCAGGUCACUAUGAACCCCCAAACGGGGAUCAAAAAUGGUCCAAAAGCCUCGAAGGAAGAGACUACAAGGUCUGGGAAUUAGCAGCAUAAGUUUUCUGGUGUAUGUAUGCUAUAUCUAUGCAGGGAGAUCAAUAAGGGUGCCAAGACAGAGUUAUUUACUUGAGUUGAAGCAGGAGGAAGGACUCGCCUGAGCUGUGCAAUUGCGGCCAGUCGAGUAAUGCCGAAGUGAUGAAUUAUGUUCAAAAGGCGGUUUACCAUCACACCUGUGAUUCAUUGGGGAUGGAUACCUUCUGUAACACGUUUUGGUACGUUUUGGUGUGUAACUCUGCUCUACUUUCCACUGUUAUUAUUUGGUAAAAACAAAUCAUUAUUGUUUGGUGACACCAAAACAUAGAAUGGACCAAAUUUUAAUUUUCUAUGAA